UCAUAGUCUCUAUGUUGUGUGGUGCAACAAAUAAAAGUUAGAGAGAGAAAAACCAAAUAUUAGAUAGAUAGAUUCACAAACACUUCGUGCAAAAAAUUUCUGAAUAUCAGACCUGAAAAAUCCCAUUUUUUUGCUUGUUAUAUCUUUGAGUGUUUCUUUCCUUUUUUUUUUUUUUCCUCUAGUUUUUCUCUAAUAGAAACCCCUUUUUGUUAAAUAUACCUAUAGUAAAAAGUUGUGGAGUUAAUUUCUUUGUUUUGUAAUGAGAAUAAGGAAGCGUUUUCCUCCUCCUUCACUAGAUCUCCAACUCAAUAGGCCAGUUGUGGUGCAACAAAACACCAAGAAUGAAUCUUUACCGUCUGAUCUUCCAAAUCUAACUCUUCCACAGCCGUCUGAUCAACCGGUGGUCACCGGAAGCAAAGCAACAAGGUGGGUUUUCUUUGGUGGCAACAGUAAUCAAGAGAAACAGAAAAAUAAGGAUGUUGAAGCUGAAGAGGAUGAGAAAUUAUGGAGAGAGAAAAAAGAGAGCUUUGGUAGUAGUAAUGACAAUGAUAACAGGAAAGAAAUAAGCUUUUUGACUCCGCAAUUAGGUUCUUUGCUUGCUCAGCCAUCAUCUUCUUCUGAUCUAGAUGCGAGAUGGUGUGAAGGAGAUCAUAAAGUAAUUCCAUUCAAAAAGAGAAGACCAGACAGCUACCACCACACAAGCAAUAUUAACACGAUGAAGUCGAAGACAAACAAGAAAUGUCCACAAGAAAAUGGUAACGAGGAGCAGGAACAGGAACAUUAUGGACUAAUUACCGAAGAGGGUUUCGAGAGUAACAUUAAUAGUGAUCAUAAAGUUGGUCAUGUAAAUAAGAAGAGCAAAAGAGGAAGUGUUAUAUUAGAGGGAUCAAGGUGCAGUCGAGUGAAUGGGAGAGGAUGGAGAUGUUGCCAACAAACCCUUGUGGGAUAUUCAUUGUGUGAGCAUCAUUUGGGAAAAGGGAGACUAAGAAGCAUGAAUAGUGUUCGAAAUGCAACGAAUAAGAAGAAGAAACAAGAAGAAAAAGAGGAGAAAUCUUCACCAAAUGAUCAUGAAUAUUAUGGUACUCAUGAAGAUGAUAAGAAAAAGUCAUUAAUGGUGACGAAGAAGAAGAAGAUGAAAAGGAUUGGAAUGGUGAAAGCUAGAUCUCUGAGUAGCCUGCUUGGUCAAACGGACAAUGCAGUUGCAGCGUGGGUAGUUGAUAAUGAUAAUAAGAACAAGUAGCAAAUGAACACAAUCGAGGAACAUUUGAUCAUGUAGGUACUCAAAUGCUAUAUUGCUCAAAUCUUUUAAAAAUACUGUCGCGCUCGUGUCAGAUCCUUAAAGGAUCCGACAUGAGUGUCAUGACAAUGUUGAAGGACUCGAGUAUCGUAGCUCAGAAGAGCCGGAAGUAAAAGUUACGUUGUUUUUAUCUGUAAUUUUUGGUGCGUUUUCUUCAAGAUUGAGCUCAGGAAGCUUGCUUAUGUAGUAUGUUUUUAAUUAUUGCAUGGAAUUUGUCUAUUUGCUUUCCUCUUUAA